AUGGCUCCGCCGCAUACUGAGCGACCGCGGCAAUUUGCUGGUACUCCUCGAUUCAGCAUCCCCAGCAAUUCAGCUACUUCAAGCUCACGCUGGCAAUCGUCAGCCACGAUGGCCGGUACACCCGCUACAUCACGUCAAACCCAUUCGGGCUUGGGACUAGGAGGCAAGGGGAAAGGCUUAGGUCAAACCCUCAAACGUCACAGUCGUCUUGCUCGUCGCGGUGGCAUCAAAAGGCUGUCUGCUGACGUCUAUGGCGACGUCCGCGCUGUGCUCAAAGCCCGCCUUCAACGGAUUCUUGGGGCCCUCAUUCCUUUGGUCGAGCAUAGCAACAGAAAGACAAUUUCUGUGGAAGACGUCAUUUUCACAUUGAAUAGGUUGGGAAAUCCCAUUUAUGGCUUCCAACCCAGCUUCGACGGGCGACAUCGUACAUGA